UCUCCCUCCAUUCACCGAACUCUGGGGUUUAGGGUUUUCACUUCUCUACCGGUUUCAGCAGCCAUGGGUAGAAAGCACCAUGACACUGCUAUUCUCUCAGAGCCCCUAACCUCCGGCACCAUUGAAAAUCACGACACCAAAUCCAAGAAGAAGCACAAGCGGAAGCUUGAAAACGCAGAGGCCGAGCCAGAGCCCGAAAUAGCAAGAGAGUCUAAUAAAGAGAAGAAAAAGAAGAAGAAACACAAACACAAGGCUGAUGAGGAGGCCAAAGAUCAUGCCGGGGAGAUCGAAGAACGUAAUGGGUCCGUGGAUGUAUCGGGCAAGGCGAAUAAUAAGAAAGAGAAUGGGGAAGGAGUAGAGGUUUCGAACAAUGGGUCGGUUGAGAUUAUGGAAAGCAGCGAGGGAGUCGUCGUUUCUGGGAAAGAUGUGAACGAUUUAAAGUUUAAAGCUUUGGAGAAAUUCUCGGACUCGGGGCUUCCUGAUAAGGUGUUGGAGUGCUGCAAAAAUUUUGAAAAGCCAUCUCCAAUUCAGUCCCAUUCCUGGCCGUUUCUGUUGAACGGCCGUGAUUUUAUUGGGAUAGCAGCAACUGGGUCAGGUAAGACAUUGGCAUUUGGCAUCCCAGGCAUAAUGCACGUUAUGAGCAAAAGAAAGGGGAAAAAGCCAAAGAAUCCUCUUUGCCUUGUGCUUUCACCCACCAGGGAGCUGGCUCAGCAAAUUUCAGAUGUUCUGUGUGAUGCUGGGAAGCCUACUGGAACACAAUCAGUUUGUUUGUAUGGAGGAACUUCCAAAGGACCCCAGAUAUCUGCUCUGAAAUCUGGAGUGGACAUUGUUAUCGGAACCCCUGGCCGUUUGAAGGACUUGAUUGAAAUGGGUAUCUGCCAGUUAAAGGAAGUGUCUUUUGUGGUUCUAGAUGAAGCUGAUCGGAUGCUUGAUAUGGGAUUUGAACCAGAGGUUCGCUCUAUAUUGAGCCAAACAUGCUCUGUUCGCCAAAUGGUUAUGUUUAGUGCUACAUGGCCCCCACCUGUUCAUCAGUUAGCUCAAGAGUUCAUGGACCCCAACCCAGUUAAGGUAGUUGUAGGUUCUGAAGAUUUAGCUGCCAACCAUGAUGUCAUGCAAAUAGUGGAGGUCUUGGAGGACAGAGCACGAGAUGAACGCCUACAAAAUCUGUUAGAAAAAUACCACAAGUCUAGAAGGAAUAGAGUACUGGUUUUUGUCUUAUACAAGAAGGAAGCAUCUCGAGUUGAAAAUAUGCUACAGAGGAGGGGCUGGAAAGUAGUUUCAAUAAGCGGUGACAAGGCACAACAUGCACGCACAGAGGCAUUAUCACUGUUUAAGGAGGGAAGUUGUCCCCUAUUGAUAGCCACAGAUGUGGCUGCCCGAGGACUGGAUAUUCCUGAUGUUGAAGUUGUAAUUAAUUAUAGUUUUCCUCUCACAACGGAAGACUAUGUUCACAGAAUUGGAAGGACCGGACGGGCUGGUAAGAAAGGAGUAGCUCAUACAUUCUUUACGAAAGAAAACAAGGGAUUAGCAGGGGAGUUGGUAAAUGUUCUUAAAGAAGCAGGACAGAUCGUACCAGCUGACCUCCUUAAAUUCGGUACUCAUGUGAAGAAAAAGGAGUCGAAGCUUUAUGGCGCUCAUUUCAGAGAGAUCACUCCUAAUGCUGCAAAAGCAACAAAGAUAAAAUUUGAUAAUUCUGACGAUGAAGAUUGAUUUUGGGAUGCAAAGCGUCAUAUUUAAACGACGAUUUUCUAGUACCAGUAGCAGCAUUCAUUUAUCUACAUCCAACAUUAUAAUGCUUGUACCAUUUAGUUAUUCUUUCAUCUGGAUAUCUUGUUUGCACAAGAUAUGCCAACAUGUUUUUGAUGAUAUGGAAAGUACACUUCUUCAUGUAGUUCCAAUCCUAUAUUUAUUUGCAAACUCUAAUUAUAGAAAAUGUCUUGUCUCUA